GAAAAAGAGAUGCAUCGACUAAGGUCACUGAAUUGGUUGACAUGAAAGAUGAUGACGAUGUGAAUCUAAAAUUGGUGGAAUCAGCCCAUGAGUCAUAGAAGGUUCUUCGCGGGUAUUUGGUGGAUGACCAUGCUAAAUCUUUAUGGAGUAAGUUGUUCCCCUUUAUGACCUUAUCCUAUAAGUUUGGCCAGUUUCCAGCCAAUGUUGAGAUGAUCAACAAGGUUGGUCCGUCUGGGGUCAGUCGUUUUUUGCAGGUAAUCGGUGCACGUCUUGUGUUUAUUGGACGGACACAAGAGCUUGCUUUUGAAGCAGAGAAGAAAGAUUCUGCUACUGUUGUUGAGCUGACAAAAAUUGCUGAAGAGAAAGAUAGGAGGGUGAAUGAGCUUUCCUCCUCUUUGAAAUCUAAAAACUUUGAAUUGGAAAAUGCUAGGAGUCAACAGGAGGCAAUGGGGAAAGAAGUAAAUGACUUAAAAUCACAAAAUAGUCAGCUAGUUGCUCACAUAGGUGAAUUGGAGACUGAAGUAUACGAGUCUUUUUGCACAAGGGUUUGAACGGUCUGUGGCGAAGGUCAGGGCCUUGUUCCCUGAGGUUGAUGUAGAGAAAUUGGAUGUGACAAAAAUUAUUGUUGAUGGGAAGCUGGUUGAUGACGAGGUGUUGGUUGAAGAGAAAGAAGAUGGCUCCAACAUCGGAGAGAAAGAUGACUGAAUUUGUAAUAGUUAGGACUUUCUUUUUUGGUUUUUGAAUUUUGAACUUUGUUGGGAUUUGUUUCCGAUUUUACUUCAUCGGUUUGUUUAUUCUGUUUGACCUUUUUUCGAGAAUGAAACUCGGGUCAAGUUUGUUUC